AACUCAACGAACUGACCGAUCGACAGUCGACACCGUUACCUGAUUCCUUCCCGAGAGAACGCAGAACGUCAGCGACUUCAUCGCAGGCGGCUGAGAGAAGCGGGAAGAGGGCUGUCUAGAGUCUGCCUUUCCAUGGCUGUCGAUGGAGGCACCUUCGAAACCCUAGUUCCUUCUCAGUUCAUUUCCUUAACCAUCCGAAACCCUCUCUAUCGAUCCAACUCCUCUCCUACUCCCUACGGUGCCCUUCUGCGAAUCGCCGUCCUCGAUUCCCCUGUAGGAAUGGCUGGGGAACCACCUGGAAUCGCCGCAAUGUUAGUCCCUGUAGAUCGUGAACACGAUUGGAUCUUCUCCACCAAAGAGGGUCACCUCCAACUGCUCUUAAACUCCCAAGGAAUCUCUCGCUUGAUUCUCGUCGGAAAUCUCCCUCAAAGCAGCGGCGACUAUUACAAUCGCGGCAGAUUAUUAAACAACACAGAAGCUUAUCAGGUGGAGAUCGAGGAGAGUCUAACACUUAUCCUCUUCGGCUUAUUGCCUAAAGCAUGUUUCAAGAACGGUUUGCCCCAAAUACCAUUUCUAGCCUAUGAAGAUAACGUGAUUCGUAGUUCUGUAGUUGAGAAAUGUUUUGGUUCUUGUGUUGGAGAAAUGUUGGUUGAAGACAUUGAGAUUGAAAUCCACGAUGAAGUGAGAGAUUUACUGAAACGGGAAUUUCGUAGAAGAUUGCGUUUUAAACGAAUGCCCAAUUUUGUUCAGACGGAAAUAAGGAUUUCUCCUUGUAUCAUAGACGAUUCUGUUAAUGUAGAGCUUGAAGGUGAAGUAAAAUUUUGGCCCGAAAUGGGUGUUUUGGUGCAUCCCUACCUGCCUCCUAUGGUGGCUAGCCUUUCAUUGAUUGCUAACUAUAUCCAACAGAAGCUUGAUUCAGGGUCUAGACCACGGGUUCUCUGUGUUGGAGUUGGGGGUGGGGCACUGCUGACCUUUCUAGCAAGCCAUUUUGGGUUUGAAGUCAUGGGAGUGGAGGCGGAUGAAAUGGUUCUGAGAGUUGCAAGGGCUUACUUUGGCUUAAAAGAUGGAGAGUUUCUCCGGGUUUGUGUUGGGGAUGGGAUAGAAGUCUUGGAUAAAUUUUCCCGCCAUGCUAUUGAUCAGAAUUUGGGUUCUUCUUCUGGGCAUGUUGACACUGAUGGGUGCUUGGAUAUUUUUGGUGGAUGUUAUGAUAGGAUGGAUUUGAUGAUGGUUGAUUUGGAUUCUGGUGAUGUUAGGAAUGGCAUCAGUGCACCACCUUCCGAGUUUAUACAAAAGUCUGUCCUUGUUGCUGUCAAGUUGGCUCUUCACAAGCUUGGUAUUCUUGUGAUAAAUGUUAUUCCCCCAAGCAGGUCUUUCUAUGACUAUGUUAUUCUUCAGUUUCGGGAAGUAUUUUCGGAGCUUUAUGAAAUUGAUGUGGGAAAUGGAGAGAAUUAUGUUCUUAUUGCUACUGCAUCUUCAAUCGGUUCUGUUUAUGACAGUGAAAAUUACAUUCUCAAGAAGUUGAAGCUGGUUCUUGCUGUGUCAUACUUGGAUUCUAUAAGAAAAAUUUGAAGGUUUAAUGAUUAACAGGAGUUUGUGGAUUCUCUUCAGAGGAAAAGGUUACAUGAGCCAGAGCUGAUGUAGCCUAACUGGUGGAAAUUAGUGACUCAUGCUCUGAAGGAUGGCUUUCUGGCUGUCUUCUUAAAACAUUGAAGGCAAUUAGAAGGGUCAGGUAAGUAGUUUCAUUGAUGCAGUUGCAUUAGACUGUGAUGUUGUAUGGAAGCCUUGGUGCUGGUGGCAAUCCAAUGGAUUGAAAUUUGAGCAUUAGGUAGCUUGGGUUUCAUUGUAACGGACCCAAUUUAUAUGCUUAGUGGGUGUAUAGUUAAUACAUGAGAUUAGUGAAGUGUUUGAGUUAUUAGGAUGCAUAAUAGCUUUUAAGAAUUUUGUUUUGAAUC